AUGAGGCAGCUAGAAGCAGUUUUGUGGACUUCGAAGGUGAGGAAGAUGAUCCAGAUAUGGAAGAGGCUCUACAUCAAUCAUGACAGGAGUUUCAAUUUCAGCAGAGGGCCGGUCCAAGGAGUUGGUGUCCCGCUGCCAACUGGCAAGGAGAUAGAUGGCAAGUACUUGGACGCUACUGUAACUGAGAUUGAAAAGGAGAUAGAGAAGUGGAGGGUAGAGUGGCCACAAUAUGGUGUGACAAUCAUGUGUGAUUCUUGGACUGGUGAGAUUGAAAAAAUUGUACGUGAUGUCGGGCACGAGAAUGUUGUGCAGAUCGUCAAAGAUAAUGGCUCUAACUUCAAGAAGGCAUGUCAGUUGUUGCAUGAGGAGUACAAACAUAUCGUGUGGCAGCCAUGUCUUGCACACACCAUCAACCUCAUGUUGAAGGAUAUUGGGAAGUGGCCUGAGCACGAGGCAAUGAUUAAAAGUGCCCAGAGGAUAUGCAGCUGGAUGUACAACUCGAACACUCUACAUGCCAUGAUGAGUAAAGCCAUAGGAGGUGAGUUGGUUAAAUGGAAUGCAACUAGAUUUGGCACCAAUUACAUGUUUCUAGAGAGCUUUGUGAGGAAGAAGGAUCAGUUCAUGGCAUGGAUGGUGUCUCCAGAAUUCAGAAAUUCACGCCAUUUCAACUCAGCUGAAGGUCAGUAUGCAUUUCACUGUCUCACAUCACUUGACUGGUGGAAUGCCAUGCAGAUUGUUAUUGAUGAUGUUGAGCCUCUUUACAUUUUCUUGAGAUUUGCUGACCAUGACAAAACUCCAACUUUGGGAGAAGUUCUCAUGGAGUAUCAAAAUACAAGGCAGACAUAUGCAAGCAAAUUUGCUCACGAUCAGGCCCGUUUUCUAAAGAUCACAAAUGAUGUCAUCGCUCGAAGGCUGUUUAGUGUGAUGAUGGGCACAUAUGUGCAAGCUGCUUGUGCACACCAUCUAUAUGUCAACUAUGUAAGUGGAGUGGUGGACGGUGUACUAGGAGAUAUGAGGAAGGGGAUGAAAAACGAUGUUUGA